GCUACUUUGAACAACCGCGUUGAUUAAUCAAAUCAAUCCAAUCAGUCAACCGAUAGUUUCAUACACUACACCAUCGCCACAGAGGUACUACCAGCUGUACUUGCUGUACGCCUCAACAACAGGAUAGCCGCGUGUCCCAUUCCGACACCGCCCUCUACCACCAUGGCACUACCAUCGCCCACGUCCACGCAAGGGCGUGCCAGCAUUACGACUACGGUGUUCAUAUCGAACCUGCACUGCCCGUCAUGCAUCGUUAGUAUCCAAGGGGCUUUGAGUGCUCUGCAUCCCCCGCCUGAGGUCGUCUCCCACUCCAUCGUCUCCCACGAGGUGAUACUGCGCCACAGCGCCCAAGUCUCUGUCGACGCGAUCCUGGAUGCUCUAGAGCUUGCGGGCUUCGAGGUACAUUCCAUCUUCCAGGACUCUGAGAUCGGUAUUGGAGUCGAGAGCGAGCGAAGAAGCCCCGAGUGGCAAAACAGCCUCGAGCAAGCGGUAAACCGGUGGCGGCAUUCGCGAGGGCAUGCGAGGGAGGACGAUAUGCAGAAGAGGAAGAGACAUGUGGAGCAGUGCGCGCUUUGUCGAAUUGAAGAGGGGGAUGUGGGGGGGUCUGUGAAGGUGAGGCAGGAGAGUGGGUCGAGCGCUGCGUUGACUGAGAAAGAGGAGAUCAAAAGGGAGGAAGAUGUGGGAGAGGUGGAGAUGAAAGGGGAUGGCUUUGUUUUCGUUGAUGAUGGAGCUGGAGAUGGGUUGUGGAGAGCCACCCUUGCGAUUUCGGGGAUGACGUGCGCGUCGUGUGUGGCGAGUAUCUCGAGGGUGGUGGGCGAGUUGGGCUGGGUGAGGUCGGUGGAUGUUAAUCUGCUUACUGCGAGUGGGUCGGUCGUGUUUGAGGGGAAGCAUCAUGCGGCCGAGGUUGUGGAGGUGGUUGAGGAUGCUGGGUUUGAGGUUACGCUGCAGUCGCUGGUUGAAGUUGCCAAAGCGCCGGUGAAGAAGUCAGCAACGGUACCGGGAGCGGAGCGGUGGAAAGCGACGUACUCAAUCGAGGGUAUGACUUGCAGCUCUUGUGUGGGGAAUGUUACGGAUGCGGUCAAGGGGUACACCUGGAUCGAGCACGUGGACGUCAAUCUCGUUUCGAAUAGCGCUACCGUGACGUUUACUGGGAAGGACCAUCUUGCGGAGAUUCAAGAGGCUAUUGAGGACUCGGGUUAUGGUGCUACUCUCGAUACCAUACUCCCUAUCGAUCAACAGCAAGAGGUGGCUCAAGAGAGAUCUAUGGCGAUCCGCAUAGAGGGAAUGUUCUGCCACCACUGUCCCCCACGGAUCAUCGCUGCCCUGAACGAAAUCUACGGCGACAAGAUCGAGUGCGAAAAGCCACCCUUGAACGAAAAGACUGGCCUCCUCAGAAUCAAAUAUCUUCCCUCGCCACCCGACUUCACCAUCCGCCACAUCGUCGACUCAAUAUCAGCAAUCGACGCCAUCUUCAAACCCUCCAUCUACCACCCUCCCACACUCGAAGAGCGUGCCCACGACAUGCACGCCCGAGAACGCCGCCGCAUCCUCUUCCGCCUCGUUCUCUCCUUUACUAUCGCCAUCCCAACAUUCAUCCUAGGCAUCGUCUACAUGUCUCUGGUCCCCGCUUCAAACCGCCAACGUCGCUACCUCAUGGAGCCCAUGUGGGCUGGGAACAUUCCCCGCAUCCAAUGGGCUCUCUUCUUCCUCUCUACCCCAGUCUAUCUUUUCGCUGCGGAUACUUUCCAUGUGCGAGCGCUGAAGGAGCUACGCGCGAUGUGGAGGCCGGGUAGUCGGACCCCUUUCUUCCAACGGUUUUAUCGGUUUGGAAGCAUGAAUAUGCUUAUGAGUCUUGGAACGACCAUUGCGUAUUUCGCGUCGAUUGUGGAGUUGAUCAGAGCGGGGUUGAAGAAGUCGACUGGGAGCUUAAGUGAUUCGUACUUCGACUCCGUCGUGUUCCUUACUAUGUUCUUGCUUAUUGGACGGUUUUUGGAAGCGUACAGCAAAGCGAAGACCGGGGAUGCGGUCACCUCGUUGGGGAAGCUUCGACCAGAUGAAGCGAUUCUCGUUGGAGUUUCUGGAACUGGAGAUCGGAAGAUAUCAGUCGACUUGCUUGAGAUUGGGGAUGUUGUGAGGGUUCCGCACGGCACUUCUCCCCCAUUCGAUGGACUCAUCGCCGCCGGAUCAGCCAAAUUCGAUGAAUCUAGUCUUACUGGAGAAGCAAGACUCGUGAACAAGGAACCAGGCGACACCGUCUUCUCCGGCACCAUCAACAAAGGCGGCGCGAUCACCGUUCAAAUCAAUACAGUCUCCGGUACCUCGAUGCUCGAUCAGAUCAUCAACGUAGUCCGCGAAGGUCAGGCGAGGCGCGCGCCUGUCGAGAGGGUCGCCGAUGUAAUCACUAGCCACUUCGUUCCAUUCGUAGUGCUCGUUGCUAUCGUCACUUGGGUGAUAUGGCUGUCACUUGGCCUCACCGGUACUAUCCCGGACGACUGGCGUGAUAAAGAUUCUGGAGGCUGGGAAUUGUGGUCCCUCCGCUUCGCUAUCGCCGUCUUCGUCGUAGCGUGUCCUUGCGGGAUCGGUCUUGCUGCGCCCACUGCUCUGUUCGUCGGCGGUGGGUUGGCUGCUAAACAUGGUAUCUUAGUGAAAGGAGGUGGUGAAGCCUUUCAAGAAGCUAGUUCCCUCGAUUGUAUCGUCUUCGAUAAGACUGGGACGCUGACGCAAGGCGGAGAUCCGGAAGUGACGGACUACGAGAUCAUCGAUGGCCAAGGCGAAGGAGUCGCUCUCGGUAUGGCCACGAAGCUGGAAGAAAGCAGUACCCAUCCUAUCGCUAAAUCCCUCGUCGCUUUCUGUGCCUCGAAAGUCAAUUCGGAGAGUACUCUCAUCUCUAUCGAUGAGAUUCCUGGAAAGGGUCUGAAGGGGGUUUUCAAACCUACCUCUGAAACAACUACAGCCCCUAUCACCGCACUCAUAGGCAACGAGACUUUCAUGGUCGAUCACGGCGUCGUUAUUCCCGCUUCCACCUCCACAACUCUCAACAAGUGGAAAUCAGAGGGUAAAUCCGUCGCCCUCUUCGCCAUCUCCUCCACCACAUCAUCCGCAGACUUCAUCCUCUCCGCCACCUUCGCAAUCUCCGACCCCCUCCGCCCCGAAGCCGCUUCCACAAUAUCCUCCCUUCACGCCAGUGGCAUCGAUGUCUGGAUGCUCUCCGGCGACAACGAAACCACCGCCCGUGCCGUCGGCGCCUCCGUCGGCAUCCCCUCUGAUCACGUCAUCGCAGGCGUGCUGCCCUCCCAAAAAGCCGAGAAGAUUAAAUACCUCCAACGUACCCUCCCCUCCCCACGCAAAUUCGGUAGCCGGGGAAAGGCCCGCGCAACCGUCGCGAUGGUCGGCGACGGUAUUAACGACGCGCCCGCGCUCGCUACUGCAGACGUCAGUAUCGCGAUCGGGAGUGGUAGCGAUGUCGCUGUUUCGUCUGCUUCUUUCGUUCUGAUUACGUCGGAUCUAAGGUCGAUCACGACGUUGAUUCGGUUGAGCAAGAAGGUUUUCAGGCGAGUGAAGUUUAAUUUCGGCUGGGCGCUGGUGUAUAACCUAAUUGCGAUGCCGGUGGCAGCAGGGGCGUUGUUUGCAGUGCGCACCGGGGGUGGGGGGCAUGUGAGGUUGGAUCCGGUGUGGGCGAGUUUGGCGAUGGCGAUGAGUAGUCUCUUAGAUGCCCGAUCUACUUCGUUUUCCGUUUCUAACUUCACCUAUCGCACUCUCUCAACUGUCUCCGUGUUCCUCUUCCCAAAUAUCCUCCAAAUCCUCACUAACACUAUCAUCACCGUCUCCCCCAACCCCUCCCAGACUCUCCCCAACACCCGCUUCCCCGCCCUCCCUACCACCGCCCUGACAUCCCCACAAGCACCUCUGCCACCCUUUCCGGCGUCAAAUCAGUAA